AUGGCUGGUGGCAUCACUGACACCGGAGAGCUUUACUCCCCCUAUGUUGGUCUGGUUUACAUGUUCAACCUCAUCGUUGGAACAGGAGCCCUGACCAUGCCCAAGGCCUUUGCGACAGCAGGGUGGCUCGUCAGCCUCGUUCUCCUCAUGUUCCUGGGAUUUAUGAGCUAUAUGACCACGACCUUUGUGGUGGAAGCCAUGGCUGCUGCAAAUGCUCAGCUGCGAUGGAAGAGAAUGGAGAAACGCAAGGAGGAUGAUGAGGAUGAAGAUUCUUCCUCUGGAGUAUCUGACAGUGACGUUCUCCUCCAGGAUGGCUACGAGCGAGCAGAGACACGACCUAUCCUGUCAGUCCAGAGACGUGGCUCACCCAAUAUCUUUGAAAUCACUGAGAGGGUGGAAAUGGGCCAGAUGGCUUCCAUGUUCUUCAAUAAAGUGGGUGUCAACCUCUUCUAUUUCUGCAUAAUCAUCUACCUCUAUGGGGACCUGGCCAUCUACGCAGCAGCUGUACCUGUCUCUCUCAUGCAAGUGACCUGUGUCACUGGCAACCGUUCUUGCAGCGUGGGGGAUGGCACGAAGUACAAUGAUACAGACAGGUGCUGGGGGCCGAUCCGGCGGAUUGACGCUUACAGGCUCUAUCUGGUGAGUUUCUGA